AAUUGUUGAGGAUUACAUAUGGCCAAGAAAUUCAUGGAUCAUAACUCUUGGAGCCAUGGAGUUCAAUUAGGCCACACGGUAUCGACAACACUUUGUCCUGCUAGAGAGUCAACAGUAUUGUUAACCUCUCUAGGGAUACAAAGUGCAGUAGCGUUGAAUGUUUCAACACCUCUCCUUUUUAACGGCCAAAAUGAAGAAUUAAGUUUAAGACAAGAAAAGGAAAAGGAAAAGGAAAAGGACGAGGAAAAAAGAAAAGGAACAGGAACAGAAAACAGAAAACAAGGGACGAGACGGUUACAUGUCAAAAAUCAAAAUUAGUGGAAAGCCUAGUUUUUAGCCCCAAAAGUCUCAACUCUGCUGGUUUUCUCCACUAUCUUUAAGCUCUCUCCUUCCAAUAUAUAAACACAUGAAUCGCUUUUAAUGCUUCAAGCCCACGUUAACGGAGCCAAAUAGCAGAAAUGAAUUCUGCAUUGUAGAGGCACACGUGGGGUACUAUUGGUUGGUUUUUGGCUUCUUGGCUCUAUUGUUUCAGUGAGAAUUUUUCUAUGUAUCAUUCAAACACCGAUUUAAAUCGUUUUAAACUUGAGACCACUUAGCCAUCUUCCAUCCAAUACCACCAUCAUCUCUGUCUCUCUCUAAUAGAUAAAAAUCCUAGAGAGAGAGACAGAGAAAAGAAGAAGAAAUGGAGUCAUUGAAGUACAGCAUCUUAUUUUUCUUCGUUUUCUUCACCUAUGCGGUGAGAGCCCACAUCGGAGAAUUGGAUGAGGUGUGGCAAAAGCGAGCCAAGGAGGCGGAGCAACGUACCAUCAGCAACUUCGAACCCAAUCCCGAAAAAGUCACCAAUCAUUUCAAUUCUAAAUUCGACAAGGCAUUGAUGGCGGCGGGGAACAGCACGAGAAGGUCAUUGAAGAAGUACGCAGGGCCAUGCCUGGCGACGAACCCUAUCGAUAGGUGCUGGAGGUGCGAUCCUCUCUGGGCCCAGAGGCGGAGGCGUUACUCCAAUUGCGUGUUAGGGUUUGGAAGGAAGACAAGAGGUGGUAAGAAAGGUAAGUACUACGUUGUCACCGACGCAUCCGACGAUGACAUGGUCAACCCCAAGCCUGGAACCCUACGUUACGGAGUUAUCCAAAAGCAACCCCUUUGGAUCUACUUCGCCCGUGACAUGAUCAUCCGCCUCAACCAAGAACUCAUGGUGACCUCCAACAAGACCAUCGAUGGCCGUGGUGCUAAUGUCCACAUCGCUUAUGGUGGCGGCAUCACCCUUCAGUUCGUUGACAAUGUCAUCAUCACCAACCUCCACGUUCACGAUAUCGUCUCUGGAACUGGUGGCAACAUCCGUGACUCCGUCGACCAUUACGGUUACCGCACAGCCAGUGAUGGAGAUGGUGUCUCCCUCUUCGGGGCUACUAAUAUCUGGGUCGACCACUUGUCCAUGUCUCGCUGCAAGGAUGGCCUCAUCGAUGCCAUUAUGGGUUCCACCGCUGUCACCCUCUCCAACAACCACUUCACCCACCACAACGAGGUGAUGUUGUUCGGAGCAAGUGACAGCUACUCGGCCGACGAGAAGAUGCAGAUCACGGUGGCAUUCAACCACUUUGGGAGGGGAUUGGUACAGAGGAUGCCUAGAUGCCGAUGGGGAUUCUUCCACGUUGUGAACAAUGACUACACCCAUUGGCUAAUGUACGCAAUCGGUGGAAGUCAGCACCCAACCAUUGUGAGUCAGGGAAACCGAUUCAUUGCUCCACCAACAAUAGGAGCGAAGGAGGUGACAAAGAGGGAUUACGCAGCCCAGGAGGUGUGGAAGAACUGGAUAUGGAGGUCCGAGGGAGAUCUUCUAGUGAACGGUGCCUUCUUUGUAGAGUCAGGAGUUCCCUUCAAGGAGAGACCUUUCCCUAAGAAGGAUAUGAUCUCUUUCAAGCCUGGAACCUUCGUUAGUAGGCUCACCCGCUUCGCUGGUUCACUUAAUUGCGAGGUUGGAAAGCCUUGCUAAAUUGGUUCUAUCACUUAUAAAAUCGGCAUCCGUGUAUAUCAGAAUUCAGACAGAGGCUUGAGUUCAAUGUUUGAUCUUCUUCUUCUUCAUUCUUCUUCUUACUAUGUUUGGUCCUCUUUGAGUGGCGUUCUUUUCUUGGAAAAAAAAAAAUUAAGGAAACAUUUAUUCCUGUUGAUUGGUAGCCGUUUCUGAUUUAAUUUAUAUAUAAUUAGUACUUUCUUCUC